AUGUCGCCAUCACUCAGAAGCCUGAUCAGAACGGGCAAGAUCAGUGAUCUGUGUCUUCGCCGAAAAGAAUACUGCCACCACAAGAUCAGUGACCGCGAUUACGAGGUGGCUGGCAAGAUCUUGGGAUCCGUUGAAUUCCAGGACAUUCGUGAUGAUCAAGACUACAACUAUGAAGUCGACCUCUGGACGCUCGCCAGAUGCAGCUUCUGCAGUCCUUGUCAAAAGGCCUACCCCAAACGGAUCAAGGACUAUCACAAGAAGUUGAGGGAUCACCUCGCUAAAGAACUGGAGGCUUGCUCUGAGUCUGAUUGUAAGUCUGGAUACGAGUCUGGAUAUGGAUCUGGAUUCGAUCACAUAAAGACUGAGCCCCAGAGACGUAAAGAGCGACGUAGCUGUCACCCCAAUCAACUCGAGAAGCUUGCAAAGCAAAUAAAAUCGCUGGAGCGUCAGACGGAUGGCUUCAAGAGAGAAAUCUCUGAUCUCAAGCAAGAACUAAAGGAUGAACGCAACCAACACCAAGAUCUCAAGCACCAACACGCACAGAUGAUCGAGUUUGGUGAAGCAAAAUAUGCUGCAAUGAUUGCCGAAGCAGAAACAAAGUUUGCAGAGCUCAUGAGAAAGAUUGCUGGAUCGGAAUCUCAAAACUUGUGGAUACAAGAACAGAUGCGAGACCAACAAACGAUCGACCAUCAAGACAUGGCCAAAAUGAUCGGCACCAUCAAGGAGAUGAAUGCGGGACUGGCACAAUGCUACGGCGAGCAGUACAAGGUCUGGUUGACACCGACUUCUCGACAUGUGGUCACUACGCUUGAGCCCAUGUGA